UUUAUCAUCAUGACUGGCAGAGGAAGACCACGCAAGGAGAAGAGUCCUGACUCUAAGCUCAGCAAGAGCAGAACUAGACCUCAACAAACUAAAACAUCUCCACCGAGACGGGCAGCUCGUACAGAGAAGGAAACUAAAACCACAAACGGACCAAAGAAACAGGAUCCACAAAAGCCAGACCACACUGAAGAGAAGCCAUCCGCCCAAAAGACGAGAAAGGGAAAAACCACAAACCACUUCAUGGAAGAGACCAAUGUGCAGUGUAGGACACCUAGAGACAGCCCGGCGCCGAAAACCAGUUCGACUCAAAGAUCUGCACUGGAGACUAAGGCGACACGAUCCAGCACACCCAAGGAGAAGAGUUCUCAGAAGACAAAAGAAAAGGAAUCCACUUGCCAGGCCACAUUUCAGAAAGAGCCUGCAAAGAAGCUGGUGACUCAGCCACGAACACCUCAGGGCCCUGCAGAAACAUACGGCGUUAGAGCCAAAGCAAACGGUUGUCUUUCAGAUGAGAUUACAGCAAAGCAGACAAAAACACUAAAAGACAUUAGAAGGGUUUCCGUCCACGAAAAGGCCACAAAUGCGUUGACCAAGAUGAAGCAAGUUUCAUUCGAGGAAAAAGUAGAUACGACCCUCCACAUGACCCUGAAGAACUUGAAGAUUAAGAAGAAGGACAUAUCCUGUGCAUCUGAAGUCGUGAAUGAAAUCCAACGUCAUGUAAUAAAACACUUGAAACAAAAUACGAUUUGUUUUAAAGAUGUAGAAGAACCACUACGCACAGGAAGUUAUUAUGAAAAUCUGAAGAUUUCUAAUCCUGAUGAAUUCGACGUCAUGCUGCCCAUCCCGGUUGACCGAGUCAACAUUGAACCAUUUGGAAGCGACGGAGCUUUUUACAGUGUGGGCUUAAAACGUGGCAAGAGCUCUUUGCAGAAAUUUGAGGAGGAAUUUGAGGACAACAGCAUUUUAUCUGCCACUAAAAUGCUCGAAGAGUUCAGGAAGGAAGUGAAGGAAUGUCUCAAGGAAUGUAAAGAAUGGACAAUGACAAAAAAGAAAAGAGGCUGUCCAGCAGUAACCCUAACAACAACAGUUCAAGCAGUUCCCAUUUCCCUGGAUCUUGUCCUCUGUCUCGGGGUUAAAUCGAGCUGGCCAUCUUUCACUAAAGAUGGGCUUAAAAUUGAGCACUGGCUUGGAAGUAAAGUAAAACAGGAGUACAAGCGAAAGUCAUAUUAUUUUGUCCCCAAAUAUGAGGGCAGGGGAACAGCAGAAAAUGAUGGGAUCCCUGCCAAAGAUGUUUGGCGUAUUUCAUUCUCUCACAUUGAGAAAGCCAUUAUAAAAAACCAUGGAUCGGAGAAGACCUGCUGUGAAAAAGCCGGUACAAGCUGCUGCAGGAAGGACUGUUUGAAGCUGGUUAAGCAUCUUUUGCACCUGCUGAAGGAAAAGAACCCUUCAUUCGACAAGUUCUGCUCCUACCACGCCAAGACCACGCUCCUCACCUCCUGCUGCUCCAGAACCAGCGACACAGAUUGGAAGGCCUCAGACUUGAGUCCCUGCUUUCAGCUGCUCCUGGACGACUUCUGCAAACACCUGAGAAACGGCCAACUGUGCAACUUCUUCAUCCCCAGUCAGAACCUGCUCUCCGGCCCUGGUGCCAAGAUGUGUGGAAAUCUGGCCGACUGCAUCAAGGAGCAGUGUGAAAAAGGCUUUCCUAUAUUUCAGCAAGAACUUAAAAUGUAUUAAGUGCCUUGUUUGAAGUUAUUCUAGUCCAGCAUAUUCUGAAAUGUCAUUCAUGUGGGAAAAUGUGGAGCUAAACCAAUGAUUAUCUUGAGAAUAAUCAAAAUUAUAUUAAUAAGUGUUUUUUGUGGUUUAAAUAAAACGGCAGGAGGAUAUCGACUUCUUUUUAAUAAAUCUUGAAGGGGCACCUUACCUGGUGCUGAGGCGAUAAACAGCCACGCAAACUAGGAGGGAAGAUGCAGCACACAACUAAUCAAAUCUGCCAAGUAAAAUUAGAAAUACGUAUCAAUUCAGAUAAUAGU